AGAUAGCUAAACCAUGGAGGAAUUGUGUUUUAUUCCUCCAUGGUCAGUCUGAACACGUAGUUUCGAUGUACGUGUACGCAGCUCGGAAUCUCGUGCGCCAGGUAGUUGCGCGCACACCUUUACGAACUACACUGGAGGACGGCUGAAAACAGUCCACAACAGUGGCCAGAAUUAACGUUACGUCUGACUUUAUUUUCCCGUUUUUGUCUUUGGUAGUGAUGUGUCGAAUUUCUUAUCCCACCAGCUGUGGGGAUAAGGAUGCAUAUCAGUUACAGACGUGAAAUUGGCUCCUUGGAAACGGUAGAAGUGUUAAAAAGUUUAGUUACAAAUUUUUUUUCGCCCGAUUUUGCACCCUUUAUAUCCUGGAGUCCCUCCGGAACGUAGUAGUACGGUUAGGGAGUCCACCUGGGCUAACCAGGGCUGUGAUAUUGAACCAGAACAUGAGAAAUAUUAAGUUUAAACAAUUCCUUUUCUCUGAGCGCAUUAUGUUAUAUAGUUAGGUUAUCAAGCUACUAGCUGGCAAAAAAUCUAGGAGCGGUAUAUUUGAAAGCCACUUUGAAGAAGCUCUCCAACAGAUAAAAUGUACAUGAUAUACAUGUAGGCCGUUGCACACUGCCUAUCUUCAGCACACUUGUUUCUAAUUCUGUUGACACCAAAGCCAAGCGGUUUCCCAGCCAAGCCCCUCGGCACAUAGUUUACCGCCCCCUACACACGGCACGCUUGCUUCAUCAGCUGGCCACCAGCAGAACGAUGCCUCGAUAGUGUAGGUCGGGUGACCAAUCGGGUGCCGAUUGUUUCACGAAAUUACCGCCAUACUAUACCCAUAACUUCAGCGAGCGUCGAUAACGACCUCCACAUCAGAAUAUUGAAGAAAAUUGUGCAAGUGCGUUACGCCCGUACUCUUCGCCAAGAUGAGCAUGAUGAGAAUCGUACGGUCGGAAGUGGCGUUCUUGGUUGUUGGAGUGAUCCUUUCUGAAUGUGCCACUUUGGCGAUAGGUACGACUUGUGAGGAGAUUCCUGUCGAUAUUUGCUCUGCUCUUCCCUAUACCCAGACGGGCUUCCCAAGCAGUCUUGGGCAUGCAUCUCGUGACCAAAUUCCGCCCAACCUGGGAAGUGCUUUCCAGACAUUGAUAGCCAUCGGUUGCUAUGAAAAUGUGCAGCUUUUCCUGUGCGCGGCUGCCUUCCCACAGUGCAGCACAAGUGGACCGCUCCUUCGACCCUGCCGUGCCCUGUGUGAGGGGGCCAUGUUGGGCUGUGGCUUCUGGUUUGGUUUCUACUCAGAUCUGCUUGAUGGAAUCAACUGUGAGGCCAUGGUGAAUUCUUCUGAUCCAAACAUUUGUGUGGGACUGAACACCACCCCACAGCUCCAUGUCACAAGUCAACAAGUACCAAAAGGAAACACAGCUAUCUUUGAAACAACUUUGCAGAUGAAAACUACCAACUCGACCGGUUUGGCCAAUACGCAUAAUUCAGUUUCCACAUCAGAAACUCUAUUUGCUACUCUAUUACCUAGGCAACCAGCAACCACAUUGUCCAGGGAGAAUGAGGAUGAUGAAAAUGAGGCAGAUGUGCACAGGAAACCAGUUAACAGUACUUUCUUCUAUUUAGCCUCGUCAGACUUCACCUCUGAGGUCACAGGGCAAAGGUCAACUGCCAGUAAAGGAGGUCACAAGAUGACUGACAGCGUUGAUAAAGCUGUGAAAACUGACACAAACAUUCAAGGAGGUUUCAAAAGUCCAAGCAUACAUGUAGUCCCGGCACUCGGAGUAUUACUGAGUGCAUUAUCCUGUGCAGGAAUGGUGGUGCUGCUUGUCAGCUGUGCAUUUUUCAGAAAAGCAUUUGGAAAGCCAUUUGGUGUGCGUCGCCGCAAACCGAGGGAUGGGGCUUUUUAUACCAACCCAGCAUUCAGUGACUUACCUCAGGCUUCUGAAGUCAGAAGUGAGAACGGACAGUCGUUGCAAUCCAAGCAACAGCCCUACACCCUAGAUGACCUCCCACCACACCCAGCAAGUGCCAACGCCAUGCUCCAUCCCCAUAAACAAGUUGAUCCCAACAUAUAUCAGCUAGAGCCAAACGGUUUUGUGGAGCAGAACCUGUUUGCUGUCCCUCAUUCUCCUCUUCACAACCACCCAGAUACAACUGAUCCACUCAAAGCAAGUGCUGCUUCAUCAAAAGUUGAAACCAAGGUGUCUAGUGACAUGGAAGAUAGUGGUAGAGUAACAAGUGAUCUGGUUUAUUCAAAUAAGGUUCCAAGUGUUGCCAUGGAUUCAAAUGAAAACAAGCAUGGUCCUAACACCAGCAGGAGGGAGGGUAAUAAUGGAAGUGCUGCAGCACCCUCUAGUGGUGACAGUUUUCCAGUGACUAGUACCAGUUGUAAUAUGGACAAUGGGGAGAUGGUUAUUGCAAAUCCCAUAGCCUGCUAGAAUUCCUGCAAAGUAUAUUCCUGGUACUAUUACUUUUUUGGAAGGCAAUAUUUUGUCUGUGUAUGCCAUUUAAGUCUCAGUUUGUGCUAUCUUUUGUUUUGCUUUAAUAUUGUUUUUAAUUGUACUGCAUGUAAUUUGAUGCCAAAUAAUCUAAUGGUAAUUUUUUUUUGCAAUGAAAUGGAACAGCUUUUGAGAACAUUUCAUUAGACAAAAUAUUGUACUGCUCACUUCAUAAAAAUAAUCGGGAUAUAAUUUGAAUUCCAUAUCGUAAAUUUAAUUUACAAACACUCUGUGUUGACUGCUUUGAUGUGAGAUACGAAGUUUUGAAUAUGCUAGGGCAUGCGUAGCACCCUCAGUUUCACCUUGGGAGGCUAUGCGCCCCUCUUGUGUUCAAAACGUCAUAUCUUAUAUCACGGCAGUCAACAAUUGUUCUGUCUUAAUUUUGUUGAGGCUGAGGAAUUUAUCCUAAAGAAGCUUUGAACGAGCUUUGAAUUUCAAAAGACGAUAGGUCUACUGUCACAAAUAAUUAACAUAACAGAUGUUAGCGAUAUUAUCUCAUGCACUGUUCCCUCACUUUCUUUAAUUGCUUUAACUCUAAUGUGAAAGUAGUGCAGGUACCAGUGAGAACAAGUUCACAUGUAAUGUAGUCUGGUUAGCGGUCCCUGCAUUACCAGUACCUUAAACACUGCGGGGUGGAAACAAGUCUGUUAUAUAAGCACGACCAUUGAUCAAAUUCCCUGGUAGCCAAUCAACAAAACGUAUAAUGGGUAUUACGCAAAAGUGACUAAAUGAGCAACAACGGUCACUCUUGAACAUCCUGAAGCUCUUCUGUCUUGUUCAUGUGAGAUUGGCAGAAUGAGAUAUCUCACGGUGUGAUAUGCAUAUAUAUUGCCCUGUUAUGUCGUUCUGGGCUCUACUAUCAAAGACAGAGAUAUGACAAUGACUAAUAUGGAACCAAAUGAAAAACAUAAAGAGAUUAUUACUUGAUCUGUUAUUUCCUAACCAAAAGGUACCAGUUGGACAUCUGAAUUUCUCCGAGUUACAAAUUAGACCCAGUUUGGACAGCUCAUACACUUCUGUGAAGAGUUUGGUAAUGAAUGGAUAUAUAGUAAAUGAUUUUUAAUCCUAUUGUUUCUUGCUGUUAUUUUAUUUAAUUUUUUUUAAAAUUCAACUUUUCAAGGUAACAUGCCCUUUAAAAGUGUGCAUGAUAUUGCUUUUAGUGAAGUUGUUCAUCAAUUUUAACGUUCCAUUCCAAACUUUUGUGCUGUUUGGUGUUUAGCUUUAUGUUAAGUUUCAUAUUCGUGUUCGUGUAAAUUAGUGUAAUUUGUGUAAAUUAGUCUUACAUUUGAAUAUUGUAUUCAUACAUCUCAGGAAAUUACAUUUAUGACAUUUGGAAAUUGGAUUCCUUACUACUUGACAUUUGAAUAGAUGAACAAGGGAAUAAGUUUGCAUUCCAAUGUGCUGACCAAGAAUGUAAGGAAUGUAAUGAAUAGAUGGAUUCAUCGGGUUCACCUGAACUCGGGCAUGAGCAAGUGGGGCCUGGCGUAGCCAGGCUAUGUACCGAUACCAUGUAAUUUAGUAGAUGUAUCGUGUGGGAUGUGUCUGCAAUGCACUUGAAGCACGGGGCUAGCAUUUUACUUAUGACUUUAAUACUCUUGCCCAAUUAAUUCACUUGAAACUGGUGCCUGAAUCACAUUACAUUAUAGCAACAUGACAUAGACUGUUGACAUGGGCUGUGGUUGGUUUGCAGUCAUGAGAACUUUGACCACUCUUCUCUAGGUUUUUUACCAUUGUUAGGAUGUGGUAAAAUAGAUCCGAAAGGCACGAUGGUCCAUAAUUAAGAGAUCCAUCUUGCAAUGCACAUCUCCCACAGUCCUUUCCAGUCUAACAAGCUAUUGAGCAUUUGAGGCUAUGGCUUGGGGUUUUGCCAUUAGCAUGACAGUGAAGAGCCAUACCCUUAAUCAGCAAUACCACAAACAGCAUUCUUUGCCCCACCAUCAUGGGGCAUCCAGUGGUGUAUUAAACAGGAUUGACCAUUGUACAUGUAUGCACAUAUUUUUUUUAUCAGAUACAAAUUUCUUCCAUUCUGGGCCUUGGAUGGGCAUUUCAUUGCAGUGUUUGCAUGCAUGUACAUGUUGCAUAGCAAAUGCUUCAUACAUAUGUACAUGUACAUGUCAUGUUGGUGUAAAGCCUGGGAUGAAUAAUUUGGUAAUUUCCAUCCCUUAUUUGCUGCACAAAUUUAGUCACUAGAAAAUUUUUACCAAUGAUUGUAAAAUUAUGAAACUUAUCUUAUGAGAGCAAAAACCUCUUGAAACAUGUAGAAGUGGCCAGUGUGCAAGGCUGCAACUCGUUUUACUGCUGGCCAGUUCAUUUGUUGUAUUUUGUUGGAAAAGUGAGCUGAAAGAGACCAAAGAUAUAAAUAUUUUUGCUGGAUAGAGAAUUUUAUUUUUAUUUUAUUUUAUUCAAAUUUAUUAGAAAUGCAAAUUAUAUUUUCUUAGGAACUGUACGUAAUUAAUUGAACAAACUAUUUCCUAUCUGUGAAAUACAUGUACUGUAAGCAAGAAGUGUAGAACAACUGUUUUAGAGAGAUGUUGAUUCUCUCUUUUGUGGUUUUUCCAUAUAUUCUUCCCAUUAAAUGUCAUCUUGUGAUGCGUGGUUUAAGGUAGACAGAAAAGCAGGUCACACAGAACAACUUGCAUCAUACGCAUAUUAUGCUCAGAAAGUGUACAGUACGUACUUUAUGCAUCCCGGGCAUAAUAAACAUAUGACACGUCAUUCUACAUGGCCUCCUUUUGCAUCUACUAUGGUUUAACUUUAGUUUCAAGCAGAGGGAAAAAACUUUGAUGGUCUUAAAUGUAACUACCCUUUUUGAUAUAACCAGUACCUUAAAAGUACUAUUGAAAAAAAAAUCAUGUGAAUAGCUAUUUUAAAAUAUUGUUUUUUGUAAGACACCCACAUCGUUUGAAGGAGUGAAAUUAGUGAAUGUAUUGUUUACACUGUUAAAAUAUUUUUCCUGUGAAGUGAAGUUUCUCCAACAUGUACUUCUUAGCAUCCUUGCCCUCUGAUUAAAUAGCUUGGAAGAUUUAAAUGCAA